AGGCAUCUCGUUUCUUCUCUUCUGACGACUACUGGGUCACGCCCCCGCCUGCAGAAUCCUGAGGGCCCGAGCCAGUAAGAUAUGUAUAAUACACCACAGUGCUCGUCUCCCACUUGCUGGAGAGGGCGGCGGGCGCUCAGCGGGAGACGGUUCCCAUGAACGGACUAGUAGGAACCCCUGGUCGGCCAAUCUAUCUACAACUGCCAGUGCUGAACCUCGAGAAAGUCCAGGGCGCAUAAGGCACAAGUCGAGGAGUUCCGACUGCCCUGCCUAUGGCCGUAUGACAGACAAUCCUACUUGUUCAUUAUUACCCGGAAGAGUUCAUCCUGACCGACACAAGGUGGUUCGGGAGCAGGAGCAAAACUGCCAUUCUCUUUUGGGACACACUUCUACAGUAUUUCGUAUCGCGAACUAUUCAUUCAGCAGGGGCGCGUGGGAUGGCGCGAAACGACGAAUGUUUUCCCAAACCUUCAAAAUAAACACGGAGGAGCGGUGUACGGUACUGCAGCACCUUGCUACCGGGAUUUAUUUAUUUCGACUCAUAGUGGAGAACCACGAGGAGGCUUUUUGCCGUUCUGCUCUUCUCAGUGGCCGCCGAUACCUACCUUACGUCUCGUCUGUCUCCAUUGCCUCCUGUCACUCUCUAUCAAUCUUAAAAAUUUCCACAGCAACUUUCAAAGACUCAAACAAUAUUGCUAAGCGGCCAAGGACAGCUGCAGCUAUCUACCUCACCGCCAGCCCUCUUCUCCCGGGCAACCAGGGGUAGUUCCGCGCGUGUGCCUAUUCCGGCCAAAUCCGCGAGCAAACAAACGGUCCCUCUCGCUCGCCACUGAAGGAUUGUCGGUCAAGUUACUCAAGUAUCGCUUGUUCAUUCCAUCUUUUGUGAAACGCUGGCCCUCAU